AUGGAAACGGCGUUCGCCGAGUUUGUCCUGAGGUUCAACCAGUUCGGCACGGUCUCCGUCGCCGACACCGUCCUCAUCCUCCAGCAGAUCGGGUGGCACGACGUCCCCGAAAACAUCGUCCGCCAGGUCGCCGACGACGACGCCGUCGACUACCGGGCGUUCAGCUACCUUCUUUCCCUUCGCAUCCAGGUGUUGCAGGAGUUGGUCGACGACGACGACGACGACGCUGACUCGCCCGCCUCAGGCUUCGACGUCGAAACCGAGGGCGCCGACACUGACGUCGAGUAG